AUGUUGCGGCAAUCCAAGAUCCCACCCCAAGCCAGUCUCCAAAACGUCAACCCCAAGAUAGGAGAUUUGGAGCCCUUCAAAAUGGCCAUACCUUCCGGAGCAGUGCAGCCUUGGGACGCACCGGACAACAUACGGCGUGCCAUGGUUAAUUCAUACGGUGCAGCUGGGUCCAACGCUUGUGUUGUAGUCUGCCAGUCUCCUACCGCCGGGCCUAGGAGUGCAUGGUGGCUGCUUGACAAGAAGAAGGAGAAGGAGAGUGCCGCUGUCACCCAUUGGCCCCUUAUCGUCUCGGCCGCAACUCAGGCUAGCCUUGAGGCCAACUGUCGCGUCUUGGCUGAGAUGAUUAGGCUCGAGAAGCCCGACAUCAACAAUCUGCUGUGGACUCUCAGCGAGAAGAGACAGCGUCACAGAUUCCGCGUCAUACUGCAGGUCAAUAGCGAUGUAGACAGUGACUCACUGGCCACAGCUUUGGAUGAAGCGGCGUCUUCCCCAGCGCAGGCGACGCCCAAGAAAAAGCCGGUGGUCUUUGCUUUUGGAGGCCAGUCUCAGCGUACCAUUCAUCUUGAUCGUCAUCUCUAUGCGACGACUCCACAGCUGUGGCGGCAUCUGGCCGAGUGCGAUGCCAUUCUCACUGACCUGGGCUACCCGCCCGUCAUUGAUGAGGUUCUCAACCACGAAAAAGCUAAUCAGGGCAUCCUGUUAUUACAGACCGCGACCUUUGCCGUGCAGUACAGCUGUGCUAGGACUUGGGAGGACGCCGGUCUGCGCGUCGACGCCGUCGUCGGCCACAGCUUUGGCGAACUCACAGCCAUAACUUUCUCAGGGGCUGUUAGCCUGCGUGAUGGAAUCAGGAUGGUGGCAGAGCGCGCGAUGCUGAUGCAAACUGCCUGGGGAGAAGAGAAAGGCAAGAUGUUUGCCGUGCAUGCUGAUAUCGAAACUGUAAACAAAAUCAUCGAAACCGUCGGGGGCCUGGAGGUUGCGUGUCACAACUCCCCCACCGGCCAGGUCGUUGUGGGCACCAGCCAGCAGAUUCAAAAGGCUGAGACCAUUAUCGCUGAAAGCUUCAAGGGUACGAGAUAUCAGCACGUCGAUGUUACUCAUGGCUUCCACUCCAAGUUUGUUGAGAAUAUCCUUCCUGGUCUCAGAAAGGUGGAUGAGUCGAUCGAGUUUAAAAAGCCACGCAUCCGACUCGAGUUGUGUGUCGAUGAUGCACACGAGGGCCAGCUCCUCCCGGGCCACAUUGGUCGACAUGCCCGUAAUCCUGUCUUCUUCUCUAAUGCUGUACGACGCAUCACUGAAAGCCUUGGACCCUGUGUCUGGCUAGAGGCUGGCACCGAUGCUCCAAUCGUUUCCAUGACUAAACGAGCUGUUCCAGAUCCCGGCACUCAUAUCUUUAUUCCAAUCAACUUCAAGGCCUCCCGCAGGCCAGAGACCGUCAUGUCUGAUGUGACCAUUAACCUGUGGCGAGCCGGUAUCGAUACCACCUACUGGCCAUGGAUUGGUGCUAGGAACAUCAAAUCGGUCCGCCUCCCUGUCUAUCAAUUCACUCGAAAGUCGUUCUGGACCAAGUUUGUCGAUCACUCUGCCGAACUGCAAGGGCGCCUGGAAACAGCUUUGAAACAAUCAUCACAAGCUUCGGUACUGGCCAAUCCCUCAAAAUCCAAGAUGGUGUUACUUUCAGAGCCCCGAUCAGACCGCUUCAUCAUCAAUACCGACAGCAGCCGUUUCCAAGAGGUUGUCCGCGGACAUGCUGUUUGCAACCAGCCCAUGUGUCCUGCCUCAAUGUACAUGGAAUUGGCCUUCAGCCACCCACUCACCCUGGCUCCUGAUGUCGAAGUCUCUCUGCUCAUGAACCCCGAACCUGACAAUGCCCAAUCUUGGAAGUUUACCAUUGAGAGUACACGCAGGGAUAGAUCCAAGCAGCCCGUCGUUCAUGUACGUGGCACCGUGUCUAUUGUACCAUCUGUCGAUAUGCGACAUCUCAGAGUCCUCCUUGACAGUCGUGCCCUGGAGCUCGACGCGCAUCCCGAUGCCGAACGAAUUCAGUCAAGACGGGUCUACACACUGUUCGGCACCUUGGUCGACUACUCGCCCGUUCUGCGUGGCAUUCAAACCAUGAAGAUGCAGGGUAAAUGGGCUGUUGGUACAAUCAAGCGCCCGAAGCAUCUCGUGUCACUCGACGACACGGAAAGAUCGGUUUUGGAACUUGCAGACGCUGUUGUUGCCGACAACUUCGUUCAGGUUCUCGGUUUAGCCAUAAACACGAGCGAACAUGUGUCUCCUGGGUCGGCAUUUAUUGUGUCAUCAUUUGAUAGCUUUACGCUCUCGUCGGCCUGCCGUCUCUUGAACCGCGACGGCAUGUGGAACGUCACGAGCCACUACGAUGUCGAGUAG